UUUUUAUAGUCGAAAGUGAAAGUAAAUGUGUGUCUUUCCCCGCUCCGUUCGUCGGUGAUAGAUGUACUGUACUCUUCACGAAGUACAAUACGAUGGCGUCCCAUUCAAAUACGUUGACAUUUUAUCUUUUCUUCGUCCUAUUCUGUGAUGUUUCACAAGUUUAUUCAUCUACCUCGUUCCCAGAUGGAACAAGAGUCACUUGGCAUUCAGUUAAAGGAUUAUUCCGCCAUAGAAGACAGUUGUGUCAAGAUGGCACCUACGAUCAUGAAGGCAACACCUGUUGUUUAUGCAGCGCAGGCCAACGUGUGGAAACUCACUGCACAAAAUCAAAUGAGGGAAAAUGCGAGCUCUGUGAAGGUGGGACGUAUAGCAAUGCUCCUAAUUCCCAACAAACCUGUGAGCCCUGCAGAUCCUGUGACCAUCCAAAUGCUAACCAGGAAGUGGAAGAAACCUGUACCCCUGCCAGAAACACAAAAUGCCGUUGUAAGAAAGGUCACUUUUGCAGCGACAACAUAGAAAGAUGUAAAAUCUGUCAUCCUUGUCAAGAGUGUGGCGCUGAGGGUGUCCAGGUUCCCUGUACAGCCACCAACGACACUAUCUGCUAUCAGAGAAGUGAAGGGGGAAACGGUGUAGCAAUUGCUGUAACGAUAAUAAUCUUAGUUUUGCUCGGUUUCGUGGCAGCGGCUGUCUGCUGGAAAAAGAAAAUUUUGUGUUUCAAACGUCAGGUCACGGCCCAGGAAAAUGGAUCUGCCGGUGAACAUGAGCUGCAUCUUCUUAGAGAUAUUGAGCCACACCUGACUGAACUUGCCGGCAUCCUGGGAUGGAAGGAUAUGAGAACUGUAGCGAUACGUAGUGGCAUGUCAGCAACUGUGGUUGACAAUUGUGAACAGAGCCACCCGGGUGACAAAGAGGAGCAGACUUUCUUGUUGCUUAGAAAAUUUGUGGAGAAGGAGGGAAGAGCCGCUUCAGAGAACUUGAUUAGAAUCCUGCGACAGAAAGGCAAAAAAGACAAAGCAGAGAAAGUGUCCAGAUUAUUGAAUGAUGCCAAUGCUGUUGCCAGUGCACCUGCUGUUUAAGACCCAUGAGUUUGUUUGACUCAAUGCUUACAUCAUACUCUUAAUCUGAAAUUGUGUUCUUCUUUAUUGAGGAUGGCAACCGACAUUUGGGUUCUGUCAAUAUCUCUGAAGAAUGUUGUGAUGUUGAACUGCCUUCGGCCUAAAGGUGUUGGUUAAGAGGUCAGUCUUAAGAUUGGAGACUUGCUGGUUCAAAUCCCAGCAGGACUUUGGUUUGUUGUUCAGUGAGCGCUGUACACUCACAAAUGUUAUGUGCAAUGAAAAGUAAAGCUGCCUUUUCUUUUUCAAUGUUAAAAAAAAGAUAUAGCUGAAAAUGAGGGAAAGUCUAGACCAGGUGUCACCAACCUUUUUGAAACUACUGAAGAGCUACUUCAAGGGUAUAAGGGAAUUUAUACAAAGAGGUACUUGUUUGGUACAGACUUCCCAAACAGUACAGUAAUAUUAAUCAAUAAGAAAACUGUUUCAUCAAGUUCUGAGACAUACGAUAGCACCCGUUUGACUAUCAACUAUCAAACUAUCCUGGGCACCAUGUUGGUAUAAAGAAUGUGAAAUGAAUAACUGCUUAAGACUGCCUGACACUUUAAAUAUAGAACAAACUGAAGUAAAAGGAGUUUAGAACAAGUUGCUGCAAUUGGGUUUCAAUAAAAGUUCU